AGUCAUGUUAAACUUUAUACGAAUCAGCUGCUACUUUUACUCAAAGUGAGUUAAAGCAAGGAUCCAAGAUGGCAAACGAUACGGAAAAACCGAAGCUCUCCAAGAAUUUGAUGCAGAUGAAGUUUAUGCAACGAAAACAGCAAUCCGAUGUCAGAGAAAAACUAGAGGAAGAACAGCAGCGAGUUAUAGAUGAAGAGCACUGGGUGCUAGACAUUCCAGAACUCAAGAAGUUAGAAAGUAGAUAUGAAGUUAUAGACAGUUAUGUACCCUGUGAAGGCCUGAUGUAUGGUCGUUUUUCCUUCCAAGGCUUCAACCCCGCAAUAGAGAAAAUAGCCAAAAGCUUUGGGGUUGCCAAGGAAGAAGAGGCCUCAGAAGCCAAAGAGAAGGAGGAGACUGUUUCAGAUGAUGAAAUGGCUAGAAGAUAUGAAGCCAUCGUGGGAACAAUACAGAAGAAAUUCGGCAAGAAGAGACAUAGAAAUUCUACUGGGGAUGAAUCUCAGGUCAAAAAGAAAAAGAAGAAAUUCCUGAAACCUAAAGAAGACUAGAUAUAAAAUUGAAUUUGGAUCCUGGAAGCACAAUGAACUUCACCACCUAGCCCAUGUAUUGUAGUAAUUUGUACUGACCAUUAUACAUCUUGUAUUAGCCUUCUUUACCAGGCUAUAUCUAGUACCAUAUGAUUAUUAUUAACUCAUGAAAUCUAUAAGCUAUUGUUAGAAUAAUGAACUUUCGAUAAUGCCACUUUUACUACAAAUUAUAAUGCCAUGAGGCAAUUGUGUCAAUUUUUGUGAAGUGUUUGCCAUCUUGGAUCCUGCAAUAGAUUUUCCAGGCUGGAACAAGUAGUUAGAUGCUAGUUUUAUUAAUAGAAAAUUGAUUGAUAGAUUGAUUGAUUGAUUGAAAGACACUAAAUGAAUUGAAUUUCAAUAAUUUUAAGGCAAUUAAAUAAUUAACUCCA